CUGUCACGGACGCGCACACAGCAGCUCAGCAUUAGAGAAAUACAACCUAGCAUUCUGCAUAACAUCUUCCUACAGAUACAGCACAGCAUCACAGAAUACAUACAUACAUACAUUCAUCACCAUUAUUUCUCAACUGGAUAUUGAUGAAUUUGCCUAAACGGUCGCCGUAGCGGUCCAACCGAUCGUUAUUGCUUUUUAUUUCCUUCAUCCCCGCAUCCAAAGACUGAUCUGCGCUGUAAGAUGGCUGAGUUAAAUUUGGGGAAGGGGCUGACUGCAGGGAAAGUGGCCAGCAACGUACAGAAAAAGCUCACCAGAGCCCAAGAAAAGGUUCUUCAGAAGCUUGGCAAAGCAGAUGAGACCAAAGACGUUGCCUUCGAGGAGGGAGUUAUCAACUUCAACAAACAAUAUACUGAAGGCAGCAAACUGCAGAGGGACCUAAGGGCAUACCUGGAGGCCGUGAAAGCCAUGCACGAGUCCUCCAAAAACGUGCAGGCGUGUCUGGCUGACAUGUAUGAGCCAGAGUGGUAUGGCAAGAACGAAGUGGAUUCCAUUGUGGAGGACUGUGAUGUCCUGUGGACUGACUACCACCAGAAGUUGGUAGAUCAUGCUCUCAUCUCCAUGGAUACCUACUUGGGCCAGUUCCCUGAUAUCAAGGCUCGUAUAGCUAAGAGAGACAGAAAGCUGGUCGAUUACGACAGUGCCAGGCACAACUAUGCCACUACGCACAAGACCAAGAAAAAGGAUGGGGGCAUUAAAAUCACCAAGCCCUCCUCUUUGUUGGAGAGGGCAACCCCAGGCUGGGCUCAGGGUAUCCUGUCUGCACACAAUGUUGCCCAGAGCAGCUUGUCCAGGAGCCAGGCCGAGGAGGAGUUGGAGAGAGCCCAGAAGGUGUUUGAAGAGAUUAAUAUUGACUUACAAGAAGAAUUACCUUCACUCUGGAACAGUCGUGUUGGGUUUUAUGUCAGCACCUUUCAGAGUUUGGCCGGUUUUGAGGAGAAGUUUCACAAGGAAAUGGGUCGGUUGGAUCAGGAUUUGUAUGAUGUCUUGGUGACACUGGAGAGAACAGAGACAAGCAGAAAGACAGGUAACAGCGGCGCCUCAGCAUCAGGAGCAAAUAGGAGUGGCAAAGAAGCAUCUAACCACACUCUCAGGCCAGGAGGACCACCCCCAAUCCCCAAAUCUCCAUCCAAGCUAAAGCCAGCAGUGCCUCCUCCACCCAAGGUUACCCCGUCUAAGGAUCUGAAAACAGAGAACAUCAUCAACCUGUUUGAUGCUGCGGCUACCCCUGAUAUCAGCGUCACCUCCCCUACAGAGCCUGCAAACUGGGACUCAUGGCAUGAGGACAAUGGUGCCCAGGAAGAGGACACCAAGCAGCACUAUGACCCUGUGGCUGCUUCUUCAGAGGCCUGGGGGGAUGAUGGUUCGCAGCCUGUCCGCUAUGACCCCAUAGCAGCUGCCCAAGAGGGCUGGGGGGAUGACGGAACCCAGCCAGUUCGCUAUGACCCUGUGGCUGCGGCUCAGGAGGAAUGGGGGGAUGAUGGGAGCCAGCCAGCUCAUUAUGACCCUGUGGCUGAGGCCCAGGAGGGCUGGGGCGAUGACGGGAGCCAGCCGGUCACAGAGGUGCCUGCAGCAGAGGUGCCUGCAGCAGAGGUGCCCGCCGCAGAGGAUGAAACACCUGCAGCUGAGGCUCCAGCUGACGCCACUGAGGAAGAAGCUCCCCUAGCUGCUGCUGCUGCUGCUGCGGCGUUGGAUAAUGAAGAGGGUCAGGGUGAGUCUGCAGCAGCUCCUGCAGAAACAGAGGAGGUUGAAGCAGUGACAGUGAGUGAGGAAACACCUGCAGUAGUGGAGGAAUCAACAGAAGUAGCACCGGAGCCUGCAGAAAUGCCCCCAGGCUUCCUGUUCAAGGUCCAGGUGAUGCAUGAUUACGCUGCUAAUGACACAGACGAACUGGAUAUGAAGGCUUCGGACGUGGUGCUAGUAAUCACCUUUGACAACCCUGAUGAACAGGAUGAGGGCUGGCUGAUGGGAAUAAAGCAGGAUGACUGGCUGCAGAACAAAGAAAAUGCCACUAAAGGGGUAUUCCCCGAAAACUUCACCCAGAGGCUGUAAAAGAGGAGGACAGGACAUCAUUCCAGCUUCCUUCUUUAUGUCGCUCUUCCGUAUGCCUCUAUCCUUCCUCCCCUUUCUUGCCCUGUAUCUUUACUAGGACUUUGGCCAUAGAAGCAGAGCUGUCACAGCCCUGGCUGAAAUCAUGCAUUUCUAAGGUCUGCUACACUGUGCUAAAAGUGGAUCUUGGCAUUUCUAUGGAUUUCUGCCAAAAAUUUAAAAAUUACAGAUGUAGCCCUUUCACAGGUCCCAUUUUUUUUAAUUGUCUAAUUGUCGUGCUACAUCUGCAUUGUUGCUGCUCCACUGAUCCUGGUCAUACAGGAUAGACGCAGGUAUGGGUACCUCUGCAAUGGCUAUCACUGUAAUUGCAUUAUAAUGUUUUAAUAUUUGUCAUGUCUCAUUAUAAACUCUCCAAGACAUGUUCCACCACCAUAACAGAGAAAAUGUAAACUGAGACAUGCUUUUGUUCAUCAGACAGUGAGAGAUUGAGAACAAUGCCAAGUGUAGCAGAGUAUCCCUUCCACACACACAUGCCCUAAAAUUUUAUUUUAUGAGGGAUGGGGGGGUGUUAUCAUUAGAACCAGGCUGAGAUGAAGGUAAACACAAACUGAGUAGAGAUUAGAAACAUUCAGCCAGCAGAGAAACACACUGAAAAACCAGAACUAACUCCCAGCUUGCACAUUCACCCCAGUCAAAAUGCAAAACUCUCAAAGUGGCAUGUUUGAAAACACAAUAUGUAAGAGGACUGUAGCUAAACAGCACAUUAACAGUGAGAAAUUUAGAUUUUUUUAAACAACAGUCUAAUCAACACCUGGGUUUGAAUCUAGCCACACUUGUUGAGGCAGAUCUUUGUUUUCUAAAACUAAAAAAACUCAAAAAGUCUGGAAUUCCAGAGGAAUGCGUUUGAUUUGCUGUGAGUUAGAAAAUGCUCACAUAGACAUAUCUGAAUAAGGUGUUCAAUAGCAUGCAGUGCACUGUUGUCUGACUAAAAUGUAUCUGAUAAUAAGGUUUAACAUGGCCACUGUGAGAAUGGGCUCUUUCUAUUGGUGAAUCCAAAAACAUUUACUGAUUAUAUACAAUAUAACUUUUGAAACAAAUCUCUGUUUUGGCAAUUUUGGUCACAUGUGUAGCUAUAAAGUGUCAUUUCUCUUGGUGGAGGGUGAGGCAUAGCGGGGGGUGUAAACAUUGCAGUUCUGGUGUCAGGGUUUCCAGUAUUUGUAUUUCCUAUUUACUAAUCUACAAUCACUCAAAUGAAUAGUCCUGGACUUCUGCUGCUGACACAAUUCUAGCUGAACACAUCCAGUCCAUCCUUUAAUUCCUACUUUAAAUAUUUACGUGUUAAACAUGGGCCCUUGGUUGUUGUAUUAGUUUAGCGUCAAUGGUGGUAUAAGUAGUACAAACCUGUUAAAAUCCAAAUAAAUUUACAUGCGGUUAACUUUUCAUCGGACAACAAUCCAAUGUAAAAAAAAUGGUUUCAGAGUCUUGUAGGAUUUUUUUAUCUCCUCAAUGUUGAAAUUAAAGUUGUCUGGAGUUAUGUCAUGUGGGUAUGAAAGACACCUUCUUAAUUAUUUAUUUUUUUGAUGUGGGUUUCCAAAUAUGCAUUAGCCAGGCUCGCUAAAACAGCAAGCCGACAAACUACACCGAUGAGAAGCUGCUAAUGUUAGUACAAUAGUUAGGCACAUAUGAUUACAACAUAAUGCUAAUCAAAUAUAUAAUAACUGAGCCAGCCUCGUUCAUUUUUAAGAAAUGUGCCGAAAACAAUUCCUUCUGUUUGCAUAGAGACAACUUAACUCAAAUGCAGAAGAUUCAGAAUAUGCACCAGAGCAACUCAUUUUAUUUUUGUAUGCUGCCAAGCAACAAUUACAUAUAGCCUAAUGUAACUUUAUCAACAUAAUUGCCAACUGAGGAUGUGAUGGAGUGUUUUGUACGUCUGUCAGGUUUACUAGCUGCGUUCAUAGGUAGUUAAACCUAUAUCACAUUCAGUCAUUCAUUUAAUCACUGACUCAAAAGAGAUUCACAUUUCUCAUGAUGUUAUUAACAUGUAAUAAGUGAGAGAAAAUGUAUGUGUGUACGAUUGUGGGUAUGUGUGUGUGUGUCAAUGGGUUGUUGGGAAACAUAAAUUAUUCAUCAAUAGGCUAAUGUUAUUGGACGAUGUCACCACCGCCUGACAGGGGAGGAGAUUGUUCGUUUUACAGGAAGCUUUUCUCACCAGACAAAGGCAACUCAAAACGUAUUUGGGUCUUUUUCCACUGGCUGGUAUUAUGGUUCCAGGUGUUAUUGUGCAUUUGUUGUGUAUAAGUGUAAUUUUGCCAAGCAGUGAUGACAGUUACAUAUUCUAUAAAGACAUUCAUAUCUGUAUGUGAGUUACUGUGUGCAUGCUGACUUCCCAUGUAUUGUUGUGUGAACACCCUUAAUUUAAGACAAUGAUACUUGGGUUACAUUUGAGGCAGUUGAAACAGGCAAAUUUUUUUAUUUUUUAUUAUCCAUUUGAUUAAUCUUAGUAAGGGGGAUGGUCGGUGGUUACAUACUGUAUGGUUUUCCACCAUUCCUCCUUCAAUUGCUGGUUGUCCAUCAGCCUUGCCUCAAAAUGUUACCAGUGUAUCGUGGUCCAAACAGAAAUAAACAUGAUUAUAUGGAGACAGGACACAUAGAGAGGAAAUCCAAACCACCAGACUCAGGUGGACAAAUUUUCUAAUUGUUUUCAGUAUUUUAACCACUUGAGAUGUGCAUGAUUUUUUCAUGUGUAUUUAAAAAGCCUCACAUGUGAGAUCAUCACCUGCACAUUUGGGUAAAACCGAUCACUUUUCAUAUUUAUUUUUUCAAAUUUUAUGUACUAUAUAACUUGAUGAGUGUUUUACCUGGGUCUGGUUCUCUAUCUGUCUUAAUGGAUCAGUCUCCUGUGAAGAGCUAUGGGAUAAGACAAAAAGGUUUUUCCUGUACCUAAC